AUGUCCACCACCACCGGAGCAUUUAUUGCGGGAGGUCUGGCAGCAUGUGGUGCGGUAACAGUUACACACAGCUUCGAAACCGUUAAGAUCCGAUUGCAGCUGCAAGGAGAACUUCAAUCGAAGCAAGAAGCAGUCCGGAAAUACAAGGGCGUUUUCCACGGCGUCAAGGUCAUUCUUCAAAAUGAAGGACCUCGGGGCCUCUUCCGAGGUAUCGGAUCAGCCUAUAUCUAUCAAAUUCUCCUAAAUGGCUGUCGUCUUGGUUUCUAUGAACCGCUGCGGGUAGGGAUCACCAGAGCGAUUUACAAAGACUCAAGUCGCCAAUCCCUCGGCAUAAAUGUCUUCUCUGGAGCUGCUUCAGGGGUAUUGGGUGCUGCGGCUGGCUCCCCGUUUUUCCUGGUGAAAACACGACUCCAAUCCUAUUCCCCAUUCCUUCCUGUGGGAACACAACAUAUGUAUAGAAACUCGUGGGACGGACUGCGACAAAUCCAUGCCGCUGAGGGUGUGAAAGGUCUAUAUCGCGGCGUCACCGCUGCGAUGGUCCGUACCGGGUUUGGUAGCUCCGUACAACUUCCUACAUAUUUCUUCGCGAAACGGCGAUUAAUUAAACAUCUCGGAAUGGAAGAUGGCCCGGCCUUGCAUCUGACAAGUAGCUCGUGCAGUGGUUUUGUCGUCUGCUGCGUCAUGCACCCUCCGGAUACCAUCAUGUCACGAAUGUAUAACCAAACCGGAAACCUCUAUAAGGGAGUGUUCGACUGCCUCUACAAAACCAUUACUAAAGAAGGCAUUCUUGCCAUAUACAAAGGAUACUUUGCCCACUUGGCACGUAUCCUACCCCAUACGAUUUUGACACUGAGUUUGGCUGAACAAACCAACAAACUUCUGCGAAGACUCGAAGAUCACAUCCUACCAGACUCCAUCAGAGAAAAAAUAUAA